AUUACAAUUACAGUUGACCUCUAAUAUGUUUAACAUCUAUUUAUAGAGAUUGAGCUAUUGACACAUCUAUAAAAUCAUAGCAAAAACUCCAAACAAGCAUUAUCAACAGAAAAAGGUGUUUGGGGUGACAAAGAUAAUACAGCUUUAUUGGCUUUGGCUAGCAAUGAACUUCACUAUGUUGCCUCAUGACUGUGUUUCUACAAUUCUUUCUUUCACCUCCCCUCUUGAUGCAUGUGGGUUGUCACCGGUUUCGACUUCCUUUCAAUCAGCGGCAGACUCUGAUGAUGUCUGGGAGAGAUUCUUGCCGUCUGAUUAUCGGGACAUUGUGUCGAGAUCGGUCACUCCUUUGAAGUUUUCUUCGAAGAAAGACUUGUAUUUUCUUCUCUGCAAUCGCAUUCUCAUUGAUGGUGGUAACAAGAGCUUUACAUUAGAGAAAUUAUCAGGCAAGAAAUCUUACAUGCUGUCUGCAAGAGAGCUUUCCAUUACAUGGAGUAAUGAACCAAUACCAAUGUAUUGGAUCUGGGAAUCCAUACCUGAUUCAAGGUUUUCUGAGGUGGCUGUUCUGAGAACAGUUUGGUGGUUAGAAAUUCAUGGCAGGAUCGAAACUCAAAUGCUAUCACCAAACGCAGCAUACGGAGCUUAUCUAAUCGUGAAAAUCUCAGAAAAUGCUCAUGGUCUUGAUUCCAUACCCUCAGAGAUCUCAGUUAAGGUGGGGAACAAUGUAGUAUCUUCUAACACAACUUAUCUACGGUGUCCUAAAGAUGACAAGAAAAAACGGCAGAUGCAGAGCCUGUUUUACGCGAAUCGAACACAGAUGUUGAGGUCAAGGUUAGUGAACAAUGGGGAGGACACACGAGUCCUCCCCAGUGAAAGAGAAGAUGGGUGGAUGGAGAUUGAGCUUGGAGAGUUCUUCAUCAAUGGUGGUGAUGAUGCCAAUGAGGAGGUGGAAAUGAGUUUGAUGGAGGUGAAGGGGUACCAGCUUAAAGGUGGUCUUAUUAUUCAAGGCAUUGAAGUGAGGCCUAAACACUAAUCAGCCCAAUUUGUUUUUAAUUAGUAGUUCAACAAUGUUACAAAUUUAGGAGAAAAAAAUUAUUCAAAAUUUAACCUUGAUGAUCAAUAUUUACUCAAAGUGUGACUCUACAAUAAGAAAUUUAAAUCUAUACCAUAAAU